GGAAGCUAAAGUGUGAAACCCAAGUCAUCGAAAAUACCGCACGGCCUGUCGUCAUCAAGAUAGACCAGUGAAAGGCCGGGGACUCCAGGCAGAGAGGAAACAAAUUUGAGAGAAAAGGGGGAACCAGAAGGAGAGUCCAGAAAGGAUUGUAAUAAAAGAAUUAAGCAGCAGGCAGGGAUAUCGAGAUGGUUGAGAGAUGAGUGAAGUGAUAGUAAAGCAAGGCUUCCUGUACUUUCAGCAGCAGCAGACUUUUGGGAAGAAGUGGCGGCGGUUCUGGGCUGUGCUGUAUGGAGAGUCCAGCUGCUCCUUGGCCCGGCUGGAGCUUCAGGAGGGCCCGGAGAAACCCCGCCGGGGGGAGGCUGCUCGGCGAGUCAUCCGACUCAGUGACUGUUUGCGGGCAGCUGAGGCUGGAGGGGAGACUGGCAGCCCUAAGGAUACCAGUCCCUUUCUGUUGGAGACCACUGAGCGGUUAUGCCUUCUAGCUGCCCCCACCCUUGAGCGCAGUGAAUGGCUCCAAGCCAUUUGUCACCUGGCUUUUCCGUUGCAGAGAAUAGAGCGGAGGGAGCCAGUAGGGCAGGAAGACUCAACUGCAAAGCAUCAUGAAUUGCCGUGCAUGGAAGAAAAUGUCCUGUAUAGCAGUGCGCCCUCAGUGACCCCGAAGAAGGAUUUUGUCGUGACUGUAAGACCCACAGAAGCAAGUGACCGGUGCCGGCUUCAGGGGUCUUAUAAACUUCGGGCAGGAGAGAGUGCCCUAGAGCUACGGAGUGGCGCUGAACCAGGCAUUGUACUGUAUACUUGGCCCUAUAGAUUCCUUCGACGAUUUGGGAGGGAUAAGGUCACGUUUUCCUUUGAGGCAGGCCGGCGCUGUGUCUCAGGAGAAGGGAACUUCGAGUUUGAAACCCGAAAAGGCAAUGAGAUCUUUCUGGCUCUGGAGGAUGCUAUUUCUGCCCAGAAGAACUCUGCCUCUUUUGGAGCCUCUUCUCAACCAACUGUAGUAACAUCAUCCUUACCACUACUUGAAAACCCAUAUUCCCGGCCUCAUGACUCCCUCCCCCCACCCUCCCCAACCAUUCCUCCUUUUUCCCGUUAUCCCAGAGCCCCAGAGGGUGAGUAUGCUGUACCCUUUGAUUCAGUGGCUAGGUCCCUGUUGGGGAAUAGCCCCAGAGAAGCACUGCCUACCCCUACCCGUCCCUCAGUGGACCCGCUCUAUGACUGCAUUGAGGAGCGGCUGUCACAUCACCCGGAUCACAUUUAUGAUGAACCGGAGGGAGUGGCUGCCUUAUCCCUGUAUGACAGCCCCCAGGAACCCCAGGGGGAGGCCUGGAGGACACAGGCCACAGCUGAUGAUGGUCCCACACGAUCCUGUCAAGGUGUACUGGGUGACUUCUUGGGGGCUGCCCUGCCUGGCUGGUCUGAGGGAGCUGAGUAUGACAAUGUGGUCCUCAAAAGGAGCUCAAAGUGAUGGCCAAGAUGGAGAAUUCAAUGAGUCCAGCCCUCAGGAUGGUCAUAGGCCUUGAUUAUGGUACCAGCAGUAACCCUGAGGGGUAGGAAAGGGGGAAGAAGGGGUUGAACCAGCUCUUUCUCUCCCAGUCUUCUCUUGUGGCUCCUUGCCACACGAAGACCCUCCUCCCAUCCUAGGAGAAGAGAAAAUUCCUCUUUAGGCUCUUUCCACCCAGUGUUUGCAGGAUGAGUCAAUAUCCUGAAGCAAGAAGGGUGCCGUGGAUAGAGCCACACCCAUUCACCCUCUUCCUCCUCCUCUUUCUCUUUCCUCCCCGCUAGGAACUGUUACCCUAAAGCAGAACUCUACCCUUAUCUCUUAGUUUGUACCCACUUCCUGCAAGCUAAGGGGACCCUCCUGCAUUGUAGGAGUCUCACAGGCAACCCCUUUCUUGGUAUUGAGGAAGAUGGCUACAGUUUUCUGUGAGUCUUGGACAUUUCUCUGGUAUUAAAACCCAUCUCUGAAAUGUCUACGUGUGGCAUGAGUACUGUGGGGAAGGUAAGAGGUGUGGUUCUGUCAAGGGAAGUAUUUUCUGCUGAGAGCUCUCUCUCCCACCAAGGUUCUCCCUAGGAUAGGAAGCAUGGUUAGUGCUCUGCUGACCUUGGCAUCAGAGGACCUGGGUUCAAAUUCUGUCUCUGAUGCUUCCUACUGUCUGUGUGACCUUGGUCAAGUCAUUUGACCUUCUUGGGCCUCGGUUUCCUCAAAUGUAAAAUAAAAUGGUUAGAUUAGAUGUCCCCCCCAGCUCUAGAUCUCUGAUCCAUAUGAUUCCUUAAGUCUUCUGUGAAUGACUCAACAUCCUUCCAAAGAGCCCAGUGUUCUAGAAGGCCACAGAAUUGGAAUAAUAGGAAAGGGUUUAAAUGUUCCUGUCUCUCUGCAGACGUCAGAGUUGGUCCUAGGCAGAAUGUUGUGUAGUGCAGAGUUUCUUAGCCCUUUUCAUGUCAUGGACCCUUUUGGCAGUCUGGUGAAGCCUAUGAACCUUUUCUCAGAAUCAUAUUUUUAAAUAAUUUAAAGAAAUGCUAAAUUUCAAUUAGAAGUUAGUAAAAAUGAAGUAUUUUCCCCCUCUCAUCCAAGUUAAUGGACACCCCUGAAAUGGAUCUAGAAUCUAUGGAUGCCAAAUUAAGAAUCCAUGGUGCAGCAGAAAGAACACUGGGUUGACACUUAGGAGACCUGGGUUCUUGUUCUAUAUCUGCUGCUGCCUUGAAGUAUGAACUCUAAUAAGCCUCCUUCCCUCUCUGGGUCUCAGUUUCCUCAUCUGUUAAAAAUAGGGGUGAUGGAUAAUAUGAUCUCUAAGAUCUCUUCCAACUCUAACAUAUUAUGAUUCUAAUAUUAUGAAAAGAUUUGAUUGAAGUCAUUAGGUCCUUUCUCUGAGGGACAGUAGCAUUUUAAUUCUCAUCUCUAACAGUGCUGUUAAAGGAAUUUCAGAUAUUAGCUCAACAGGUAAGGAUCGUGGCUUUCCCCAAACCCCUGAAACAUACCAGUAGGCAACUGUUUAUUUUGCCCAUGCAUAAGCCAAUCCUGGCUGACACUCUCCAGGUCUAGUUUGGUACGUUCUCCUUCUGCUUACACACCUGCCACUUUAGUGUAGACUCUCAUCACUUCUCCCUUAGAUGAUCACAACAGGCUUCUAAUUGGUCUCCCUGAAGUCUUUCCCUACUCCAAUCUAUCUUCUACCCAGCUGCCAAAGUGAUUUCCUUAAAGUACAAGUCAGACCAUGCCACCUUCCCCUCCAAUUCGAUAAACCCCAGGGUUCUCUAUUACUUCUAGGAAGAUAUAUCCUUCUGCUACUGAAAUCUCUUCACAACCUGGUCUCUUCCUAUCUUUCUAGUUUUUGUAUACAUUACUCCCCUCCAUGCUCUCUGUGGUCUGACCGUAUUGGGCCACUUGCUGUUCCUCACACAAAAUAUUCCAUUUCCCGUGCCUUUCACUGGCUGUCUCUCCCUGCACCCCUUCUCCCCCCAUCCCCACAAUGUUCUCUCUUUUCAUCUUUGGCUCUUUCAAGAUUCUCCUCAAGAAAGAGGUCCUGAAAAGCUUUUCCAGUCUCCCCACUGACAGUUCCCUCCCCUCAAAGGUUAUUUCUUAGGUACCCUGUAUGCAUCUGUUUAUGUACAUGUUAUGUUUCCCAUUAGAAUCUAAGUUUCUUGAGGGCAGGGUCCAUUUUUACUUUUUUCUUUGUAUCUCCAGUGUUUGGCACAGUAUCCGUUACCUAGUAAGCUCUUAACGAAUACUUGUUGAUUGAGAGGAAGCAGGUGGGUUUGUGCUUUGCCCUGUCCCUUUGUCUCAAGUCUGGAACCCUUUCUCUUUUUUCUGGGUUCUUCCUUCUGGAUUCCAGUCGAAGAUGUCAUCCUAGGGAUUUCCACUGGACAGUAGUCCAGGUGGUAGUCCCACUGAAGUCCAGAAGAGGCCAGUGUUGGAUCAUGGUAGAUGCUGCUAGGGGCUCAACAGCUGCUUGGGAAUUUGGUCCAGGGGAAAAAAAAACAACAACAAAAACAGCCAUCACAACUUCGUGAACAUGCAUUCAGGAGCUGGCUACUGCAGAUCCAUAAAAGCAGAUCUAAAGGCCUGGGGAUUCUGCCUCUGAGCUGCUGCCUGACCUUUCUUACCUCAUCACCUACCCCUACUCCUGGUGUGUGCGUGUGCGUGUGUGUGUGUGUGUGUGUGUGUGUGUGUGUGUGUGUGAACUUAAUUUAUGAGUUCCUCCUCUCUCUGUGUCUUGGUUUUCCUUUCCUUUCUGUUUCAAACGGGGGGGGGGCAGGAGAUGUCAGGGGGAGAAGUAGGUACAAAGAGGUAGAGGGUAGUAGAGUGGGGAAACUGGGAGAAUCAAUAGAAUAAUGGGACAUCAUUAUUACGGAAUGCUUGCACCAUGCUCUCCUGUCCUGGUUCAGUGCCUUUGUCUUGGGUCCUAACCUUGUAUUAUGGUGCAGUGUCCCAAUGUUAAACCCUCAUACUCUGUUCUUUUAUAUUGUAUCCUGGUCAGCUGGUACAAUGAAUAAAGCAAGAGACCUUGGAGUCCUUGGCCUCGAGUUCAAA